AGAUAGCGGUAAACAUCCGUUUGGCAGUGGUAAGCCAUGGGUGCCUCGCCAAAAACCUUGGUCUGCAAUGAUGAGCAAAGUAUUUCUCCAUCCCCCUUGAAGAACUUUCAACUAACAUUUCAACUGACUGAGUACAUUUAUGUAACUCUCGACCUAAUGAGUCAGCAUACCGUUGUAAAGGCAGAUGAUGCUGGUUUGGAAUCCUGGAGCUAUCCUGCAUCCUGCAUAGUAAUGUCCGGGGCAUUGCAGCAUUGUGGCCAAUAUGUGGCACACCGACACAUCCGGGUAAAGAGGGCAUUCCAGAGAACUCCAACUGGAUGCAUGUAUGCAAUACAGUACCAGCAGCUCUGUACGGUAUGCACGAUCGUGAUCACUUUUUCAGUGCCACGAGGAAUGGAAGCAGCUGGUAUUGAGGUCUACGCCGUUCCUGUGUGCUCUUGGAUGUCACUCCCAGAAGCUCUCACAGACCAAAUGGGAACCGAAAGAAAGCUACAUGUACUAGCUAGACUAACCAGUGAGAUCUUGAAGAGAUUGCUUGAGCUCUGGAUGCUCACAAAAUAAACCAAAUCCUCUCAUAAAACCAAACAACUAAAGUAAAAAAAGCAAACAACCAAUACUAGUAUUAUGGACGCCGCCACCACCAACAAAGUCUUGAAGAGUCUAAACCCUAGAAAGGUUCUCUCCAAGGCCAAGAUGCGAAUGUCAAGCAGAUGCAAAGCCAGCCGCCGCAGUAUGAGCUCCUUCAGUCUAGGUAGUACUGCUGGUGCUAGUGCUAGUGCUAGUGCCAGUGCUAGUGCUAGUACUAGUAGCCGCAAUGCUACCUGCAAGAGACGCGUGAGAUUCAACAGCAAAACCACAGUGGCUCAGACUGUGGAGUACUACCAGCAUGAUCCCCAAGCGAGUGCCGAAGAGGAACAGGCCAACCGUUGGUACGGCAAGAAGCAAUUGCAUGCCAACUUCUUGAAAGACUUGGAAGAGCACUUGCACCGCCAAGUUCAUUCUUCUACUACCAAUGGCAGUGCUAUGCAUAGUAAUACUGACAGUGACUGCAAUGGCAGAGGCUUGGAACUUCACUUGGCACACAACCAACGCCGCAAGGAUGACGCAGAACGCUAUGUGAGGGGAAUUGUGGAAAAGUCGCACGCCAUUCGAAAGGCAGCUUCUGCAUUCCCUCAAAUCAAGGCACGAAAAAGAGCGUAUCAAGAUGUAUGGGCUCAGGAACUCCAAGAGUAUGCUUCCCAAAGUACUUGGAUGGCUAGAGAUUGGGCUUUGGCAGAAGCUGCACUCGAUGAAGCACAUGCCAGGGCCAUUCACAAUGAAGAAUCCAGCACCAGCAGCUCAACUACCACCAGCUCAACUUCUGAAAUCAUGCCUACCAAGAAAACACCCACCAAACAAAGCAGCACCGACAGUAUCAGCAGUCAAGCAUCCAUCAGGUCUUGGAGCAGACGGCAAAACUACAGACAAAACAGACCCAAAUCAUUCACUGCAAAGUCCGCAUAAACAAGGAACAAAAACGCACGGACAAAAGCUACACAAUAGACAAUCAAUAAUAGACAAUAGAUUCAUACUGACUUACUUACUAACUAACUUACACUACAUACAUAAGCAUACAGACACGCUAU